AAUUUUGAUUUAGUAUUCUGUUUCUGUAGACCUAAAAUGACGCCUCGAUUAAAGUUAUCUUAUGGUUGUGGAUAAAAAAUUGUGAGAUCUGGGGAAGAGUUGGAGGAGGUUAUGGAGGAUAUUGAGUUAUUGCGAUUGGAAAAAAGGCGGCGGAAGGCUAAGCUAAAGUUGUUCGGUUUGGAUGUUGUUCCAAACCGUCCCGAUUUCAAUAAAGAAGGGUUGGCCGAUGGUUUCGAUGUGGAUAACUGUAGCUAUCCGUCUAGACUAAUUAAGUCUACUUGGGGCGAUGAUUAUGACAUCGCUCUUUAUGGUAGGCUCGGACUCUACUGCCACAAUUUUCAGAAGGGAACAAACUUCAAGUUUGUGCGCUGGGAAAAGUAUGAUGUUAUCUCUACUGCAGACGUCCAUUUCUACGUAACUUUGGACGCCAGGGAUCCUGCCUCUGACUCGGUCUUCUCUUUUCAGACCUUGUUAUGCGAAGAUUCUUCUACAAACUUUCCCGUAAGGUGGAGUACCUUAGCCUGCAGAAUCAAAUGUGACGAUGCUGUGGAUGAACGUUGGGACGAUAAGGCAGUAGAUGAUUUCUACAAAGAUGCAUUAAUGCCCAAAUGGUUGUCUGAUGAAGAAUUGGCGUCUGACAAUAAAAAGUAUUAUGUGGUGCAAGAAUCAGAGUUGCAGGAGAAUGACUGGCUCUAUCUAUUCACCGAAAUUGCGUUCUACUCAAAAACAAAUAACGUGUUGACUGCUCCCCCACCCUUGGAGAUCGAGAAGGUGGUUGUAGUAACUAAAGAAGACACAGAAGAAGGCCAUGAGAAGCUGAAAGCCCAAAAUGCAAUCUACUAUGUAAGUUACAAGUAUAAUGGUGAAUCUUUAGAAUGGGCACGUGACCACAAAGCGGUAAUAAGGAAAACCAUGGAUCGUAAGCCAGGACACAUGUAUCUUGAAGUUGUAGGAGCAGAGUGAACUGAAGAAGAAGAACAAUAGUCAGAACUGCGGAUCUGCUCGUUUAUAAUUCCUAACGCUUUUUACUAAUUCUAUCAUGAUACAUAUAUGCGUUAUGUUGUGUUUGUCUAAAACUAUUUGGAAUAGAACGAGUUGGAUCUAUUAUCAAGUUAAGGAGAGAUUUCUGUUUGCAAUACAAUAAUUAGUAUGAGAAUGAAUUGCAUAA